AUGCCUACAGUUUCAGAAAAUAUUUUGUUUUGUUGUCCACGAAAACCUCAUACAUUCGUUAAAUUUACAUUCUUAUUAACGAUUUUUUUUAAAUUUCCAUUUGCAACUCAGCAGCGGGUUCCUUACUCAAAAUACUUGGAAUUCCCUAACCAUCUUGGUAUUACGCGAGGAAAGUUAAUGAAUGAUCGUGAGUCAUCUACAGAAUUCAUAAGUAACUUCAAUGGAUUUAAUCCCAAACUUCAUAUUCAGCCAAAUAAGAUUGCGGUUCCUGAUUUAACAUCGAUUAUUAAAGAUCUUAAAAUAGAUGUGCGUGCGAUAGAACAAACUCAAAUAUUACAUGUUAACGUUAUUGGAGUAGAGGAUAUUAAUACCUAUCCAUAUGUUGCAUUUAAACAUAAUUGUCUUUUUCCCAUCGAACGGAUAUUAAGUUACUAUUAUCCAACUUUUGAAUAUAAGGAAACUUGUGGAAUAGAACUAUUUCCUACAGUCCAACCACCUACCUUGAUUUUCACAACCAAUAAUCAUAUUGUUCCUGUGAUUAGGCGGUACACGGGACUACAUAAAAAUUUCAAUAAAGCUAAAAGACAUAAAGAUAUAUUUUCAGUGUCUGAGGAUGUUAGACAACUUGUUAACGAACUUUUAUAUCUGAUGAUAUACAGCAAGUCAUUAAUGGGAUUUGCACUUGAUGUCGAUUCUGUUUUAGUGAUAAAACUUUUAUCAUCCACAGUAGUCGAUACGGUAGUGAAUCCUGAUGAUCGGACCAUCAGCAAGGAAUUAGAUUACGAAAUAUUCUUAUUGGAUCACAGUCUCCAUUAUCCAAUGCUUGGUGUUAUCUUGAGUGCUUUCCUCAAUAAUUAUUUCAAGACUGCUGCUUCCGAUUCUGCUAAAGUCACUAGAGAGAUAAGAAGAAAAUUAAGAACCGAGUCUGAAGAACUCGAAGCUUCCAUACGAAGUAAAACAGAAUUUGUGAAAAUGCAGUACCUGAAACAAUUUGACGACUUUGAUACUGCAAUAGGAGGAUAUAUUAAUAUAGAGUUCCCAAGCUUGUUUAUUGAAGAAAAGUGCUAUGAAGAAGCAUGGGCUCUUGAAUUAAUAGAGACAUUUACUGCUUUGGAUUUUAAGAUAAUGAGGGACCUGCACUUGACUGAUGGAGAAGAUAUCGUACAUCAAUUUAAAGGUAAAUUAGAUGGUAGAAGUGGUACUUUAUAUGUGUACAAAGUAUCAUAUAUCCACGAUGAAAAUGAAGACUUCUACAAGUUGGUUUCGGUAUCUCUUAAUCGAUUCUUAAAGCAUGUGGUGGAAUGUAUUUCCAAAUUUGGUAAGUAUAAGAAAGACAGCUAUAACACUACAAACUUGACAACUGUCAAUGAUAAUUUCCGAUGUGCUUAUUAUGAAAGUGAGGAUAUCAGUGGAUUUUCAUUGCUAUUAUUUGACGAUGCACAAGAGCUUGAUGAAGCAGAUAAAGUUGAGGAAUAUGAAGGAGACCCA